GUUCUCUCUGCUGGAGCGCUCCUUGGGAGCCAUCUCUGCAAAGAUGGUAUCUCUGAGGAUCUUCUGUCUGGUCCUCAGUGUGGUUGGCACAGUUUGGGCAGUCGAAAAGGAUAAAGGUGAAUUUUUAGGCGAAGGAGGAGCAGGCCGUGGUCCAAGACUGGUGGAGAAAUCGCAGUCUACCUGUAAAGAGUCUGACUGGCCCUUCUGCUCAGAUGAUGACUGGAACAGCAAAUGUCCUUCUGGCUGCAGGAUGAAAGGGCUGAUUGAUGAAGUCAACCAAGAUUUCACUAACAGGAUAGCUAAACUCAGAAAUUCACUAUUUGAUCAUCAGAAGCACAAUAAGGACUCUAAUUCGGUGACCAGGAAUAUAAUAGAACUUUUGCAAGGGGAUUUUAACAGAGGAAAUAACUAUGAUACAACAUAUAGCCAAGUAUCAGAAGAUCUGAGAAGCAGAAUCGAGAUCUUAAAGCGCAAAGUCACUGAACAAGUACAACAAAUCCACCUUCUGCAAAAAAAUGUGAGAGAUCAGCUGGUGGAUAUGAAACGCCUAGAGGUGGACAUUGAUAUUAAGAUUCGAUCUUGCAAAGGGUCCUGCAGUAGGACUUUAAAUCGUGAGACAAAUCUAAAGGAUUAUGAAGAUCAGCAGAAACAACUUGAGCAGGUUAUUGCCAUAAAUCUGAAUCCCUCUAGAGAUAGGCAAAACUUACCACUGAUAAAAAUGAGUCACGUUCCGGAGCCGAUUCCUCCAGAAUUCAAGAGCAAGCUUCAGAAAGCCCCUGAAGAUUUGAAGGCGCUCAUGGGAAUGAAGCAGAUAAGGAUGACAUUAGAGGGCAAAGAGGGCACCUCCCGAGGAGACUCUCCCCAUGGAGCAGGAUCAGGGUCAGAAAACCCCGGGAGCCCUGGGCAUGGACACUGGAACCCUGAUAGCUCUCGACCUGGUGGUGCUGGCUCAUGGACCCCAGAAAGCCCUAGACCUGGUGGUUCUGGCUCUUGGAACCCUGACAGUUCUCGACCUGGUGGUGCCAGCUCUUGGAACCCAGACAGUCCUAGACCUGGUGGUGCUGGCUCUUGGGGCCCUGACAGUUCUCAUCCUGGUGGUGCUGGCUCUUGGAACCCUGACAGUUCUCAUCCUGGUGGUGCUGGAUCUUGGGGCCCUGACAGUUCUCAUCCUGGUGGUGCUGGCUCUUGGAACCCAGGUAGCUCUCAACCUGGAAGCUAUAGGCCAGAGAGCUCAGGACAUGGGAACACUAGGCCAAGUCAACCAGAUUGGGGCGAAUAUGACGAGGUACCAGGAAGUGAAAAUCCAGGGACAAAGAAAGAAUACCACACAGAUAAAUUGGUCACUUCUAAAGGAGAGAGGGAGCUUCUGAUUGGUGAUGAGAAGAGACCUGGCAGCACGACCACCACCACUCGUCGUUCAUGCUCCAAAGUCAUUACUAAGGAAGUGACUGGUCCAGAUGGUAGCAAAAAAAUUAACAAAGAGGUGAUCACCUCAGAAGAUGGCGCUGACUGUGGUGACAUGGACCAUAUGUUCCCUGGCAUGGGUAGCCUAGGUGAUCUUCAUCGGAGGUACCCUGAUUUACGUGAGUUCUUUGACACGGACUCGACUGGAAAGACAUUCGCAGAGAUGACCAAACAUACUGAGAGUAGGAGGCAGUCGAUGGACGCAGAUUCUGACAUCUUUAGAGACUUAGAAAGCGAAUCGCACCAUUUUGGGGUCCCUGAGUUACCUUCCAGUAGUAAGACUUCAAGUUACAGCAAGAAAACAGUAACCACUAGCAGAGGAAGCUCCACAGUUGAAUCCAAGAGCUUGAAAUUGGGAGAUGAGGCUGAAAGUGUAAAGGAUCGUGAAGAGAGCCGAAGAGGCACAAGAAGAGGCCAGACUAAAGGUCGCGCUACCAGAGACUGUCAUGAUGUCCUCCAAACACAUCCUUCAGGUGCCCAAAGUGGCAUUUUCCAUAUCAGCCUCCCGGGAUCCAGUAAGAUUUUUUCUGUUUAUUGCGAUCAAGAGACCGGUUUGGGAGGAUGGCUUUUGAUCCAGCAGAGAAUGGAUGGCUCCCUGAAUUUUAACCGGACCUGGCAAGACUACAAGAGAGGCUUCGGCAGCCUGAAUGACCAGGGGGAAGGCAACUUCUGGCUAGGCAAUGACUACCUCCACUUGCUGACCCGGAAGGGCUCCACCCUGCGGGUGGAACUGGAGGACUGGGCGGGGCGCGGGGCGUACGCCGAGUAUCGCUUCCGGGUCGGGUCGGAGGCGGAGGGCUACGCCCUGCACGUGUCGGGCUACCGGGGCACGGCGGGCGACGCGCUGCAGGAGGGCUGGGCCGAGGAGGGCCCCGAGUUCACGGCGCACGCGGGCAUGCGCUUCAGCACCUUCGACAGCGACGCCGACCGGUGGGACGAGAACUGCGCCGAGGUCUACGGCGGCGGCUGGUGGUACAACAGCUGCCAGGCGGCCAACCUCAACGGCGUCUACUACCCGGGGGGCGCCUACGACCCGCGCGACAACAGCCCGUACGAGGUCGAGAACGGGGUGGUCUGGGCCCCCUUCCGCGGAGCCGAUUAUUCUCUCAGGGCCGUUCGCAUGAAAAUCAGGCCCCUGGUGCCCCAGUAGCCGCGGGAGUGCGCGUCCCCGCGCCUCUCGGUGCUCCGGGGGCUUCACAUCCUCCCCCUACCCCC